UAAACCAAAAAAAUUAAACCAAAGGAGAAAAAAUAGAAACUUCAUAAAACAAAAUAAAAAUGUGGUCAGACAACUCCCACGGCCAGAGCUUCGUGCAAGGGCAACAAGCUUUCAUUGCAGGCAAGGCAUUCACUCACGGAAAGAACUUUCAACACUCACCCGCCCUGGAUCGCCUCUGUUUACACUCCAGGCUGGGUUGCGUUCUGGCAGGUGGAUUCCAUGGCAAGACAGAAGCAGGUUUCCUCGCGCAGGUUCAGGAAGCGGCCAGUGUUCCUUCUGCAAGUGAAGUGUCGGCAGAAGCAGCUGUUUUUGUGGCGGUCGUCCUCGACCCGAAGGACGGCUCGGUGAAGACCCAGCACGCGCCCAAGAAGAAGAAGGAGCCGCCCACGGCCUCGCUGCAGGGGGCGGAGAACGUGUAA